AUGACGACGAGCUUCACCCCUAAAGUCGUGCUUGUCACCGGCUGUUCACACGGAGGGAUUGGGUUUUCUCUGUGCGAAGAGUAUGCCUCGCGCGGAUGCACGGUUUACGCCUCUGCGCGGCGGCUCGAAGCUAUGGACGCCUUCAAGCAGGACAAUAUCCACAAGGUCGUGUUGGACGUGACCAAGGAGGAGGACGUGCUGAGGGUCGUGAAAACUAUCAUUGAGAAGGAAGGCAGGGUCGACGUCCUCGUGAACAACGCAGGCACUCUCUCUGUUGGUCCGGUCAUCGACGUCCCGAUGGACAUCAUCGAGCGGACAUACGACACGAACGUGUUCUCCAUCAUCCGCAUGUGCAAAGCCGUCAUCCCCCACAUGGCCGCGCGCAAGAGCGGGACGAUUGUCAACAUAAGUUCCGUUGGCGCAUACUUCGCAACGCCCUGGGGCGGCAUCUACGGCUCCACCAAGGCGGCGACGCACUCCCUGUCCGACGUGCUCUACAUGGAAUGUACCCCGCUCAACAUCUCCGUCGUCCUCGUCGCCACCGGCUCCGUGCGCUCCAACAUCAGCACGACCCAGCUCGCCGCGUUUCCCGGCCUGCCAGAGGACUCGCUCUACAAGCGGUUCCUGCCCGACAUGCUCGCACGGAUCAGCAUGAGCCAGGAGAUGGACACGAUGCCGACGGAAGUCUACGCGCGCAAGGUGGUGGGGCAGAGCCUCAAGGCGCGGCCGCCGAGGUACUUGCUGCUCGGGGGCAAGACGUGGACGUACGCGCUGCUGAAGUGGCUGCCGAGGACCGCCGUGCUGUGGUUGUUUUGGAGGAUGUUCUCGAAGAUCGGGCGAGCGGCAGCUUGA